AUGAAGUUAGCCAUUUCUUUUGCCUUAUCCGCACUUCUAGCCUCCGUUGCGGCCUCACCAGCCGCUCCUGCAGCUGAUUGGCAGUUCCCCGUCAUGGACCAGGCAUGUACCAGUGUCGGCGGUACCGUUGCCGGCCACAAUAUUGAGUCCGGCAAUGCCCUCUCCAACUGCAUCACUUAUUGCAAUAAUGUACCCACCGGCGGUCACGACGUCACGGGACCUAUCGCGGCUGUUCCCUCCGUACCCAUCAGCAGAGAUACGACAUAUCAUUUGUACGUUGUGGACAGCUGCAGUACUUGUGACUACUGCGGCCCACCUAAAAAGUGA